AUUUUGAUACCAGCAUGACCGCGUCGACGUCCUGAGCAACAUGGGCGUCACAGAUUGUCCGUACGAGGUCAAGAUCACGAGAUCUGAUCUCCCCAACAAGACAUUAGGGCGGCCAUUGCGCAGCAACCACGGCGAAUGAGCUCUCGAUGAGUCAGCCAUUUUGACCGCCCUGACGCACUGACUCAUUCAUCUGCCCCUCUCGACCCCGCCCUCCCUCUCCCUCCCCCUGCAGCGACCCACCUGAGGUCUGCCAAUCACUUCCCCCCCUCUUGUGCAGCGACCCAGAUCCGCCACGCCGUCAUAUCCACACCAGGUACACCUCUCCACACGCCCUAUCAGGUGGCACACACGAAUCAUCGAUAUCUCACAUCUCAUCUCACUCAUUUUUCCCUGUUCCGUGUGUGCAGAUUUCACUUACCCCCGUUUUUCGGGACAACCGCUUGUCCCGUGCAGCUGAUUCUAGCACCACCAGAGAGCCCACUCGAUGUGCUUCACGGUGACCUACGACACAUGACCACAUCACACAUACACGCACACUUUUCAUUGUCAACUCCUCCUCCAUCCCCUCACUCAGGUUGAUUGUUGGUCGUUUUCUCGGCUAUUUGUGGAUGCCGCCGGCCUCCCUGUACAGCAUGAUUGAGACCACCGAGCGCACUAUCAUCUGAGGUACACACACGAGGGCACACAGGGC